AUGUUGAAGACUAUGAAAGCAGUAGUCAUGUACGAACCGGGGAACGCAGAGGUUCUAAAGCUGGAAAGUCGACCAGUUCCAGUACCGCAACGAGGCCAAGUCCUCAUCCGCAUCAAGGCAUUCGGUCUGAACCGCUCUGAAUUCUUCACUCGAUCUGGAAAUUCCAUGAACCAUGCCACUUUCCCUCGCAUUCUUGGCAUUGAAGGGACCGGCAUUGUGGAAGAUGCACCUGGUGGGGAGUUCAACAAAGGCGAUAUCGUAGCGACUUCGCUGGGUGGCAUGGGCAUAGCAUUUGACGGCUCAUAUGCCGAAUAUACUCGUGUACCGGCCACUCAAGUUCAAGUCAUCAAAACAAAACUCUACUGGGAGACAAUAGGAGCCAUUCCGGAGAUGCUACAAACAGCCUGGGGAGCUCUUUUCCGUUCGUUGCAGUUGAAGAAAGGAGACCGCCUUUUAAUUCGUGGAGGUACCAGUUCUGUCGGGCUCGCUGCUGCAGCUAUCGCCAAAAAGCAUGGUGCUUUUGUUGCCUCUACAACUAGGCGAGCUGAUAGGAAGGAUAUGUUGAUGGCGAAUGGUGCUGAUGAGGUGUUCAUUGAAGAUGGACAUAUUGCCGAAGAUGUCAAGAAAGGAGAAAAGUUCGACAAGAUUCUCGAGUUAGUUGGCACAACCACGCUCGAGGACUCGCUGAAGUGUGCUAGAGAGAACGGCAUUGUGUGCAUGGCUGGGAUAGUCGGGAACUCAUGGACGUUGCCCAACUUCCAUCCCAUGCGAGCGAUUCCCAAGUCGGUCUACUUUGCAACAUAUGCUGGUGAUGCAGGAGACUUCAUGGCAACGCCUCUAGAGGAGCUAUGCCAGCAAGUUGCGGCUGGGAAGCUGCAUAUUCAGAUUGGGAAGACAUUCAAGAUUGAUGAAAUCGUGGAAGCUCACAAAUGUAUGGAGAACAACGAGGCUGGAGGUAAGAUCGUUAUUUUGGUGUAA